CUUUAAAUGAUGACGCCCGGCAGGUUUACGACACUUCCCGACGCGCUUUGUCAUGUUUACGGCAGCCUCUGGCCGCACGUGUUACAUGGAGCUUGGAGUCGCUAGAGAGCGCAGCUAGCCGUUCAGAGCCUUUGGGGGAAAAUGUCGUUCAGAGGUGGAGGUGGACGCGGAGGAGGUUUUAACAGAGGUGGAGGUUUUAACCGAGGCGGGAGCUUCAGAGGCGGCGGAGGAUACGGCCGCGGCGGCGGGAGAGGAGGCUUCAACCGGCAGCAGGACUAUGGUCCUCCGGAGCGAGUUGUCGCUCUGGGAGAAUUCAUGCAUCCCUGUGAAGAUGACAUAGUGUGCAAGUGUACGACGGAGGAGAACAAAGUUCCCUAUUUCAAUGCUCCGGUGUACCUGGAAAACAAGGAGCAGAUCGGAAAAGUGGACGAGAUAUUCGGCCAGCUCCGAGACUUCUAUUUUUCAGUCAAGCUGUCUGAAAACAUGAAAGCUUCUUCAUUCAAGAAGAUGCAGAAGUUUUAUGUCGAUCCGAUGAAGCUGCUGCCACUUCAGAGGUUCCUCCCACGACCUCCAGGAGAGAAGGGGCCGCCGAGGGGAGGCAGAGGAGGUGGUAGAGGGGGAGGAAGAGGCGGUGGUCGUGGAGGUGGUUUUAGAGGCGGCAGGGGAGGAGGAGGCCGUGGAGGAGGAUUCGGAGGAGGAUUCGGGGGUGGUCGAGGAGGCGGAGGAGGCUUCAGAGGGAGAGGAGGAGGAGGAGGAGGACGUGGAUUCAGAGGAGGUAGAUGAGCAGAGUCUGCUGGCCUGGUGGGAAAAUCUUCAUCGUUUUCAUCAGACCUCCAACUAGAAGGUUUGAGUCUGCCAGAUUCUGGCCACUGAGACUCACUGGGACUCUUCUGAUUUAUUGUAUGCAUCACUUUUGGAUGAGCGGUGGAUUUUAAGUAUUUUUUUUUAUCAUUAUUGAAAGGCUUCAUGUACUUGUUUCUGACAUAACGGGGACCUUUAUAUUUGUUUUGUUGAAUCUGUUUGUAAAAAAAAAAAAAAAAAAGUGCUCUUAUUCUCCUGAUUGGGGGAAAAUAUUCAACUGGAGUUUAAGAUUCUAGGAAACAUUUGUAAAACCUUCUCUAAAUGAGGAGAAAUCAGGAUUUAUUCAGCAUUGGCUGAAAACAUUUUAAUAGAAAUGUCUCAAGCUGUGUUUUUGCUGAAGGCUUUGAUUAAAAGGUGCUCUGUAA